CCUUCCCUUCACCAUAUGGCAGAAUCCAGGGAAGGCAGAAAUGGGGUUUUCUAUAGUUGAUAACUAGAGAUGAAAUAUAAUUGGAUUCUGACACUCGGAGCACACCUGUAAAGAGAUGGUUUUGUUUUCCUUCCAGAUGCCUGCUGUGCUUCUUGCUUAUAAAAUAUGCAAAUCUUUCCCAUGACUUCAGCUGACUUCUUUUUUUCCUGCUGGUGGUUCCAUUGCUGACCUCACACUGGGUCAGCUGGCACUCGGUGAAUAUGGCAGCUGCUUAGGAGCAAGCUAACACUCACUUCGGUCAAGGGAAAUUGCUGGGACAUCAGCUGAACUUCGUAGGACUUCACAAGCAUGGGGGCCACGUGGCACCCCACUCACCGAUUCUUGGGGUCCCGGGCCAGGUGCCAUCCGGAAAGACGGUGAUAAAAGAUUGUAGCGAAAGAUCUUCCUCCCCAGGCUGACCAGAAAAGUUAAGCUGUUGACCCCAUGGCCCAAAAAGUGGAUGAUAAAAUUGCUCUAACUGAAAAGCAAAUUGAGGACCUGAAGGCUGCUUUUAAGACGGGGAGUUUUGAUCAGCUGACCAAACGCCUCCAGGACGCUUUUUCCUCACUGGAGAACAUCAGUUUAAAUGUGGCUGUCGUUGGAGAAUCAGGAGAAGACCGGGCAAUCUUCAUCAACACUUUUCGGGGCCUCUGUGCGGAAGAUGAAGGAGCGGCUUCUCCUGGAAAGAUGGAGGCCAAUAAAACUCCUGUGGCUUAUCCGCAUCCAAAGUACCCCAAAGUAAUCCUGUGGGAUCUGCCAGAUAUUGGGAAUCCAGGUUUCAGUGCCAAGCGUUAUGUGGAGAACAUGGAUCUGGCCUCCUAUGACUUCUUUUUAAUUAUUGCUUCUCAGCACUUCAGGUCCUUCCAUGCUAAGCUGGCUUAUUAUGUCAAAAAAACUGGCAAAGGAUACUAUUUUGUCCGGUCCAAAGUGGAGGCAGAUCUGGAAUCCAUCCGUCAGAGCAACCCAUCUAGCUUCAAUGAGCUGGUCACCCUGCAGAAGAUCCGGGAAGACUGCCUACAAGACCUUCAAGCUGAGAAAGUGAAAUCUCCCAAGAUCUUCCUUAUUUCCAGCCUUUUACUCAACAAGUACGACUUCUAUCUUCUGGAAGAGACUCUGGAGAAGAACCUGGAUCUACCGAAGAGCCACUCGUUCCUCCUUGCCACCCCCAACAUCUCCCAUCGCAUCUUGGAGAAGAAGAAGGACAUGAUGCUGGAACACUUGUGGUUGGUGGCUGUGGUGGCCUGUGGGAUCCAGACUGAAACUAUCUCAGAUAUUUCGGUGGCGUGCAAUGUGGACCUGCUGGUCAGAACCAUGCAAGGUUAUUGCAUUAGCUUUGGCUUGGAAGAGGACUCCCUAAGGAGGACCGCUGAACAUGUAGACCAACCCAUUGAACAGCUGAAGGCCCUAAUCAGGUCUCCACUGGCUCCUGCAGUCACUAAAGCAGUUGUGGUGGAAUUGCUUGUCCAAGCGGCCAGCAGAGCACUCAACCUACCAAAGCAGCUUGUGCCCAUGGCCUCGGUAGGCUUGUCAUUUGCGGUGGUCUACAGCAUGCUGAAAACUUUUGUGGAGGAUGUGGCAACUGAUGCCCACAGGCUUCUGGUCAAAGUGUUUAUGAGCCAUAAGGGCACCAGUGAGCCUGGGACAUCUGUGUCAAACGUCUUGGAGAACCAGGGCCAUUCUUAAGGGGUUUCCAGAGAGCUUCACAUCCAAGGUGGACACUAUGAAGUUCUAGAAAAGUAGCUACACUUUUAUCUUCUCCAAUGUUCUUUCAAACCAGGGUUGUUGCUUAAGAGAGUAAAUCAGGAGUAACCCUCUCACAAACUGA